AUGACACGGCGCCUCCACGAAUUCAAGAUGGAUGCUGGAACGGCCAUGGCAAAGCAUUUGGACGCUUUCGACGAGCUCGUUGUCGGUCUUCAGACGCUUGGAGAGCCCGUCGACGAGGCACGGCAGCUAGUAGUGCUGCUGAGCAGCCUUCCAGCCGAAUACGAGCUGAUAUCGUCGAUCAUCGAGAACGUCAAGGACAUCACGCUCAUCGAGGUGAAAGAGAAGCUGUUGAAGGAGUGUGAACGGUUGGAGAAGAAAGACACGACUUCGGAACGAGCAUUUAAGGUCAACGCUAGACGUUUCAAGGGCAACAAGAGGAGUGGUCGCAAGUGGAGCGAUCAGAAGAAGAACUCUAGUGGUUUCCAAGGCAAGUGUUUCAAGUGCAACAAAGUUGGGCACAUGAAGCGGGACUGUCAAGAGGGAACAACAGACGGCGAUGCGGUAUUUGUUGUGAGCACAGAACGUGUAAACGGAUGGUUGAUCGACAGCGGCGCGACCGCCCACAUGACCCCGCACCGUUCCGAUCUGUUCGAGUAUGAGAACGUGAAUGGUGGCAUCGAAGUAACAAUCGCUGACGGAAAGAAGCUGCAGGUCACUGGACGUGGUACGGUACGCUUGCUUGGACUGGACGGUAAACGGAUUAAGAUGGUUUAA